ACAUAUCAUUCAUAAUGCACCAUUAAAACUUUCAAACUCAUUCUUUCCAAAUAUUUAAAUCAUGUGAGAAUUGGGCCAACUUACCCAUCACAAGUUUAAUCUAAUUUAUUGUAAAUUUCAGAGCACGCUGCACCACCCCGAAACUUAUUUGAAUCUCAGUGGUGUGUGGCAGAGAAAAAUGCCACUGUUCUCUGCAACAACUGAACUUGCUUUGUCUCAUUCACUCGGUAACUAAAAAUACAACCUUUCUUUUAUACUUUCAUGUAAUUUUUCUUUGACCCUUUUCAACUAUAACACUGCAUUUCACUUCAAUUCCAAAAACAAUGCAAGGGUAGUUUAGUUUUGCCUCAUUGUAUGUAGAUCUAUCUGACCCAUCUUGGAGAAUCUAAAAAAGAAAGCAUUUUGAUUUUUGGGUCAUGGGAUCCAAUAGUAGCAGACCAACUUCAUCUACUUCUAAGGGACUCAGAGGGUUUCACUCUUAUUGUCUUGGAAGUUGUUCUGGAUCUCAUGGCACUGAUAAUCAACAACACCAGGUUUGUGAUCAGAAUAAAGUAAAUGGCAGUGAUGUUACAUAUGCUGAUGGAAAUCUAUCGGACUCAAAUGAGAUGAAAACAAAGUCUUUUAGAAAGGUUAAAACUAAAUACAGUGACAUUACUUGUAUGUCUAAGAUCAACCUUGAUGAGUGGAGUGAAACAAGGAUCCCCAACACUUCGUCUCGAAGUGGUACCAGCACUGUUCAUGCUUCUUCAACUCAUUCGUUGAAUCCUACACGUCGAUUCCUUUCUCGGUUUGGCAUCAUUCCCAGUAAUAUAAACUUCAGACUUAACAGAUUUACCAGUUCGAGGUCGUCAAGAUCUCGUCCUGUUACUUCUGCAAGUUUGUCAAUAUUUGACAAUGAUGUUGAGCAUAAUCUACAUCAAGAACCUUGUAGCAGUUUGAUUAACAGAAAUGAAACUCGAUGGUGUAGCAGCUUGCUACCUGCAUCUUUUGUUAAUCAAAUACCUACAGAGUGUCAUGAAGAUACUCCUAAUAGUAGCAAUCCCACUAGUGGCUUUGGGGCAAGAGAUGAGUUGGAUGUGAGCUUAUUUUCUUCGAGAACUCGAGCAGACACAGAAAAUAUUGAAACUAGACAUAUAGAUCGACAAACUGGAGCUCGAGAACCAGUUGAACCGAAUGCUCGUUUUAGUCGAACUUUAAGUGUUGGAAGGCUUCGUGACAGAGUUCUUCGUCGAUCAACAUUGUCUGAUCUUACCUUUUUCCCUCUGCAACAAGAGAGAGAACUGAGAGAUGCUAAUCAGAAUGUGGCAAAUUCAAGAAUGUCACCAUCUGAUCAUAGUGUUGUUAGUUCUUCUAGUAUGUCUAACUCCAUGUUUAGCAUUCAAAACUAUGACGUUGAGACCUCACGUUCGAGAGACGGUAGAUAUCAGGAUCUACUAGAGCAUAGGUCCAACUUCCUUGAACGAAGAAGAAGAUUACGGUCACAGGUCCGUUCACUUCAGCGGCUGGGAAGCCGGUUUGAAAAUCAUUCUGCACAUGAGAGAUCAUGUAUCUUGUCUGAUCGACAUAGAAGUGGUCGUUGUACAUGCCGAUUCAUAAACCGUGAUACUAAUUCAAAUGAUGAUACUGGUGCUAGGGCUAGCAUAUCAAGAAUUGUUAUACUCGCUGAAGCCUUAUUUGAGGUUCUGGAUGAAAUUCACCUGCAAUCUGUUGUUUUACCUUCCCAUCCUUCUGUAUCUUCCAUUGGAUCUGUUCCCGCGCCAAUCAGUGUUGUGGAUUCCUUGCCUCUCAAGUUAUAUGAUAAGUUGCUUAAAGAUCAAGAAGAUGCUACAGAAUGCUAUAUAUGCCUUGUGGAGUAUGAGGAUGGAGACAGCGUGCGAGUUCUGCCUUGCCAUCAUGAAUUUCAUAGAACAUGUAUAGACAAGUGGUUGAAGGAGAUUCACAGCGUAUGUCCACUAUGUCGAAGGAACAUCUGCAUUUUGGAUGCAACACCGACUCAGAAUUAGUGGCUAGUUGUUGAUCAGCAUCUGAUUUGAACCAUCUAAAGCUACUGAUCUUUCCUGCUGUGAAUAUCAGAAGUUCAUUUCUUUUGUUUUGGUAUUUUUCAUUAUAGUCAAUGUUUAUUUACUCCAUGCAGAAUAAACAUGAAGGGAGUUUAUAAAGAAUGUUAUCCCUCACCUUGUAAGCUGAUUUUACACGGACAAAUUAGAUUCAAUAUAAAAAUCUCACGUGAUACCAGAGUCUAUUGAUUUGGCCA